AUGUCAUCCGGCGCCACUUCAAGCACGACUUCAAGCAAACUCCCUCCCCCCUCGAGUUCCUCGAAUUUCUCCCCAGCUCCCACUUCGGCGGGCUCAGAUAUUUCUUCAAAACGAGGCAACACCGCGGGAAGUUUUGGUGCCGGCGUUUCGACGCGUCACACUCCUCAAGCGCGUGGGAAUCAAACGCUCCGGAAGCAGCACAAAGCGCAGAGAAAGCCACGCUUGGUGGAUGAGGAUGCGGUUGCCGAAACCGCGGCAAUGAGGUCCAUCAACAGUCGCAAGGGGCAAACUUCGAUCACCCACCUGAUGAACUUUUCCCUCCCUCCCCGCCCUCAGAACCACUACCAGCAUCAUUUCCACCAUCGACAACAGCGACGCAAUCCCACAUGGGGCCUCGGCUCGGGAUAUCAUGCUGUUGACAAGGCUCGCUAUGUCCACGCGAAUUAUCGAUUCAUUGUUCGGCCGGACCGAGAAUAUCAUGCGCAAACGACCGAUGCGGACGUGUACGUCAGUUGGGAUGCGGUGUUGCAGGUUCUCGCAUCAGCCGAAACCCAAGCCGCGAGCUGUCCCAUUUGUCUGUCAUCACCGGUUGCUCCACGAAUGGCCAAGUGUGGUCACAUAUUCUGUUUGCCUUGCUUGAUCCGGUACAUGCACUCAGCCGACGAAACGAGCCCUCUUCCGGAGAAACGGCCUCGAUGGAAAAAGUGUCCGAUUUGCGAAGAUAGCAUAUACAUAUCGGAGGCGAGGCCAGUGAGGUGGAUAACCGGUCCGGAUGCUAGUCUGCUGAGUGAAGGAGGCGACGUCCUUCUCAAACUGCUCAAGCGCGAAUCAGGAUCGACAUUGGCGUUACCUCGAGACACCGCCGACGGAUAUGGACGCAAUGAGGAUAUUCCCUGGUUUCACGUGGCUGAGAUGAUGGACUAUGCUCGAUUCAUGAAAGGGGGGGAAGACUAUAUGACGGCGCAAUAUGAUCAGGAGAGGGUUGAUCUCGAAGCACAAGAAAAGGAGGACGAAUUGAUGUUUGGUGACGAUAAUACAUGGACACAAAAAGCCAUGGUCUCCAUCGAAGACGCCAAACAGAAACUCUCCGGCAUGGGUAAUCCCCCAGCGACGCCGACCGCGACCAAGCAGCCGGAGAUUCCAGCCUCUUGGGAGACCGCGGACCAGGAAGGACCAUCGACACUGACCACGGCCAUGAAGUUUUUGGCUCUCGAUCCGGGACCCAGCCCCACCAAAUCUUCCUCCGUGGCGCCGAGGUCUGCGGCCGGAGCCAGUCGGCAAACCAGUCAUCCUUUCUAUUUCUAUCACGCCUUGCCUAAUUUUUUCCUUUCCCCUCUGGAUAUACGCAUUCUCAAGACGGCUUUUGGCGAAUUUUCCGCUUUCCCCUCAACCAUACUGCCCCGGGUCGAGCACAUCUCCACCGGACAUGUGAUCGACGAUGAGUUACGCAAACGGGCCAAGUAUAUGGGACACCUGCCCUAUGGUUGUGAAGUGACUUUUCUGGAAUGCGACUGGACGGACAUCAUCAGCCCCGUGAUCCUGGAGCAGUUUCAUGAUGACAUUGCAAAAAGACGAAAGAGAAACCGGGAUAAAGAGGCCCGUGAAGAACGAGAUAGAAUUCGUGCGGAAAAGGAAGAGGACGACAAGCGAUGGGCUCCAGCCAGAAGGCGAAGGCCGAGUUCGGUUCCACGGAGCUUUAGUGAUUCCGAUUUUCGACCAUUGAUUGAUGCCCACACUCAUCCAAAUUCUUCUCCAGGGGAGUCCGCCCUGGCCACCACCCCGCCCUGGAACACGCGAACACAGUCUUCGUUUGCGACAUUAGCGACUCCGGGCACGAGUCCGGAUGCACCGAGAACUGUUUGGGGUACAGCGGCUGUGGCUCCGACCUCACCGCCUCUCAUGGCGGCUCCCGAACCCAUCCCACAGGAUGAUGGUUGGCUUCAAGGGUGGGAGACGGAUUUGUUGGAUGAGAACGAUGCGGUGACGAUGGUUGAAGCAAGCUUGAAUGCGGACAAUAGCUUACAGUCUCGCCCUGGUGGCGGCUCAUCCAAGAAGGGGAAGAAAAAGAAGAUUACGCUGAUGUCGACGAAUAAUCGACGAGGUGCUUGA